AUGAGCCCCGACCAUAUUUUCCAGACAGUUCGGGAGUGUUUGCCGCCGUCGGUCGUCAACGGCGUUACUCGGCCCCCGCCGCUGCCCGCGAAGCCAUCCUGCGUGCCCGCUGUGCCAACAAGGCGCGCCCCGCCGCCCGUAAUUGUAGCGUCGCCGACCAGUGACACGGCCACGUCUGACGAGGACGACGACGACAAUGGCCACGGCCACGGCCACGACGGGACGGCCAUCGAACCGCCACAGAUACCGGCCAGGUCUAACGCGCACCGGCUGACCAAGGUGGCGGCGCCGGAGCCCGACGAGAACGCAGCAGAGACACCCAGCUCGUCCACCGGCACAGAAGACUCGCAGCGUGACGUGGCCGAGCGCGCCGCUGAGGCGGAUGAAGAGAGUUGUGGCGAAGAACAACUGGAACGGAGACCACGAGGACUGCAGAAUGCCAACACCGCCAUCAAGCACAACGCUAAUAAUAAUAAUAAUAGUAAUAAUAGUAAUAAUAAUAAUAACCGCCAAUAA